AUGGGAUGGCCAUGGAAAUUUUUGUCGUUGGAUGAAGACCAGGUGAGGCUGAGAAGGCAAAUAUUGAACAGAUAUGCCGGAGUUGCCCAGCUGUCGGCCUUUCUUCCAGUCCUGUUGUUCCUCGUCUGGAGACUGGCAAGUUGGGCCUUCAGGGCAGUCGAGGCCAAGAAGGGCGCAUACAAUGCCAUCCCGGAGUCACCACUGCGGAAAUGGUGGCUUGGAGAUGAUGUUGUCUUCCUGGGCCGGACUUGGGGCCAGAGAGACGAGUGGGUCUUUGGACUCGGCUGGGGUUUCUGGAUGUUGAUCCUAACUGUGACGGAGACUGCCGAUGACUACCUUCAUCUCACAAAGCGAGCUGGUGCCAUCGCAAUAUCUCAAUUGCCUCUUCAGUACCUCUUGGCACUCAAGAGCCUCAACCCGGUUGCCUACAUAUUCAACUCGUCACAUGAGCAAGUCAACCGCUAUCACCGCGUGCUUGGCCGCAUUGUCUAUACCUGGCUUUUCGCCCACGCGUGCCUUUACCUCAACUUCUUUGUCGCCUCGGGAAUACUGGCUGAGAAGCUCAAGACGUCCCGCGCAGUUAUCACUGGCAUGGUAGGGAUUUGGAGCAUGACCUUUCUGAACACAACAACCCUGAGAGUGGUCCGGAACUACUCUUACAGGGUAUUCUUCAUAGUCCAUCUCAUGGUGGCGAUGCUGAUACCGCCCUUGAUCUGGUUCCAUGCCCACUCGUCGAGAGUGUUCCUUGUCGAGGCACUCGUGGUCUUCCUCGCCGACAUUAUCACCCGCAAAUUUGACACCGUCACCGCUGUCGCGAAGCUGGAGACGGUGCCGGGGACGACCCUCGUCAAAAUCACAGCGCCGAUUCCCAAGAAGAAGAUUCACCGUUUCCAGACUCAUCCCGGCUCUCACGUCUACCUCCAGAUCCCCGCCGAAGCGCGGCCUUCGGACAGCCCGGCUUCGGCAGACUAUCUUGUCCACGAGUUCCUGUACAACCCUUUCACGGUAGCCGAUGUCGACGCGAAAGCUGGGACCCUGACACUGGUGGCGCGGCACCUCAGUGGACCAAUGACCACCACUCUGAACCAGAUCGCGAGCAACAACAGCCGCCACGAUGCCACCAAGAUCCCACUCUCGAUCGAGGGGCCAUACGGCGUGGCCGGCCACUUCUCCACGCUGGCCGAGGGCGAGUUCGACCGCAUACUGCUUGUGUCAGGGGGCGUUGGCGCCACCUACACAGUCCCUCUCUACCGCGCCUUGGUCAAAGACAACCCGGCCGCCCAGGUCCAGCUUGUCUGGGCCGUGCGCGUCGUCGGCGAUGCCUCGUGGGUAACAUCCGGAAAAGACGACAAGGGAUUCACAGAGGACGAGGGCGUGCAGAUAUUCGUCACGGCCAGCGAGGACAAGCUGGGCAGCCCGGAGGGAGCAGAAGGCGAGGACGUGGAGCUGACCUCGUUGCACCACGGCGGCGAGAUGAGGCACCAGCUCAUGCGGCCCAAUCUCAAGAAGAUCGUGGAUGAUUUAUUCCAGCAUGGUCAGGAUGAGAGGGUGGCGGUCUUUUUCUGUGGGCCGGCGGUGAUGGGCCGCGACUUGAGGAAUCAUGUUGGGGCUUGGGUGCGGAAGGGGAGGGUGGUAUUUUGGCACAGCGAGAGCUUCGGGUGGUAG